AUUUCGCUUUUUAAUAUUCAUCAAAUACAGUUGUUAAUGGUCAGCUGCUGUUCCGAUAACAACCAUCGAUAACCAACAGGUUUCGUUGCAGUGCCAUCUCUAACCAGCUGUUUAGUCGUUCGUUGUGUAACUAAACUAAACUCGUUUAAUUUUCGCAGAUCACCAAGAUGUCCGCAUCCGCUGCCCGUGGCUCUACGUCGCUGUUGAAGCGCGCCUGGAACGAGAUUCCGGACAUCGUCGGCGGAUCCGCCUUGGCCCUCGCCGGAAUCGUGAUGGCCACCAUCGGAGUGGCCAACUACUACGCCAAUGACGGGGACAACCGACGCUACAAGCUGGGUUACGUCGUCUACCGCCACGACGAUCCGCGCGCACAGAAAGUCCGCGAUGACGAGGAUGACUAGAGGAUUCCCCACGGAAAUAGCCCGGCCGUUUCUUCGCUCUCAUCUUUGAUUUUUUUUUGUUUACGCUAUAGCUAAGUAAAACAAAUAACUAAAUGUAUAGAA